CACACCCCCGGUUCCCUUUGCUGCAGGAGCAGCCGGUGCAUGGGCAGUGCACGGGCACCGGCAGGAGCACGCUGCGCACCCCCGCCACGGGACCGCACUCGCCCCGCGCGCGGAACGCCCCUCCGGAGCGGAGGAUGAGCCGACAGCCCCGGCGCGGAGCGCGGCACGACGCCCGCCGAGCCGGCCCGGCGCGGCGCUGAGCAUCGCCCACCAGCCGUGUCGGGGUCCCGCCGAGCCCCCCGUGGGUGGGUGCCCCCGGCAUGGACGGCCGUGACUUCGCGCCCCCGCCGCGGCUGCUGUCGGAGCGGGGCAGCCUGGGCCACCGGCACGGCGCGGGGCGCGUGGCGGGGUCGGCGCACGGGGCCGUGCAGCCCCCCGGACACUUCCAGCCCACCAAGUACUUCCCGGCGCCCAUCUCCAUGGCCACGCACACAGCCGCUCCGCCGGCGCGGGAGGAGCGUGACCCCGGCCACAUCCCGGUGCCGGGACGAGGCGAGGCGCGUUCGGGGCGAACAAGGAGGCCGUUAUGUGCGGGGCCGUGGGGCGGCGGCAGCGGCGGAAGGUCACCGAGCCCGGGCUCGGUAUUCGGCGCCCAAGUGUCAGGGUGCGAAGGGGCUCGCGGCGCGUGUUCGCCGCGGCAGCUGCCGGAGCCGGACAAAGCGGGGCACACGGCCGAGCUCGGCACGGCCAGCCAGCCCCGCCGCGGGGGCACCGGAUCCGGCGGCCGCGGCGAGCUGCCCGCGCGGCUUUGUCUGCGGCAUGUGCUCGGCUCCGGCACGGGCAGGGCUGAACCGCGGUGCACAGCGCCUAAACCGGGGUUCGCUGCCGAGCUCCGGGAUGGAGCCGGAGCGGGAGCAGGGCCGGAGCGGGAGCCGUGUGCCGGCUCGGGGCCCCCCGCUUCCCGCCGGCGCGGGCGCUUGUCUGGCCGCGGCACGGCGGCAGCGCCGGUUAUUGUCGCCGCCUUGAUGAGCUGUGAAUACUAAUAAAAUUAUAUCUGCUUUAAUGGGA